GGGUAUUCACAAUUAGUUGUUAUCUGAGCUAUACGAGUCAUUCCACAGCAGUGUUCUCCAGCAGCUGAGAAAACCUUCUGGCAACCAGUUUGAGUUGCCGGAAAUGGCCAAGUAUGGGCCUCACCUGGUUUUUGCCUUGGCAAUAUGCUUUAUGGCCAGAUAUGUAGCUGCUGACGACUAUAAACCUUCAUCUCCACCACCACCUCCUGACGAGUCUUACGCGCCAGCACCAUACUACUACAAGUCUCCUCCACCUCCUCCUUACUACUAUAAGUCCCCUCCGCCACCAUCCCCAUCUCCACCACCUCCAUACUAUUACAAGUCUCCACCACCCCCAUCACCUUCACCUCCUCCCCCAUAUUACUAUAAAUCACCGCCCCCACCAUCUCCAUCACCCCCACCCCCUUACUACUACAAGUCCCCACCACCACCAUCUCCAUCACCUCCUCCUCCAUAUUACUAUAAAUCACCGCCUCCACCAUCUCCAUCACCCCCACCCCCUUACUACUACAAGUCCCCACCACCACCAUCUCCGUCACCACCUCCUCCAUACUACUACAAAUCCCCACCACCACCCUCUCCCUCACCACCACCACCAUACUAUUAUAAAUCACCACCUCCGCCUUCACCAUCACCUCCUCCACCCUACUACUACAAGUCACCACCACCUCCUUCUCCUUCGCCUCCCCCACCUUAUUACUACAAGUCUCCACCACCUCCAUCUCCUGCACCCCCACCUCAUGAUUAGUAUAAAUCCCCUCCCCCACCAUCACCUUCUCCCCCACCUCCAUACUAUUACAAGUCACUGCCUCCGCUUUCUCCAUCAACUCUUCCACCAUACUACUACAAAUCUCCUCCCCCACCAUCACCAUCACCUCCCCCUCCUUACUACUACAAAUCCCCACCACCCCCAUCACCAUCACCACCCUACUACUACAAAUCACCACCUCCUCCUCCAUACUAUUAAAGAUCAAUGCCACAGCCAGCUUUGCAUUCACAUCUGUGUCUACACCAUUAUAGCCCUCCACCUCCCAGUGUUUUGUAAACCAAAAACUAUUUCUAUUUAGCUCUCAUAGGCCAAUAAGAAUAAAUUUUAAUCACAAGAAAGACGGCUAGCAGUUCAGCUAGAAGGGUGCUCGAGAUGGCAAGAUGCUUUGCAAUUGGCUAGCCGUUGUGGAAAUUUGAUUCUAUUCUCAUGUGUUUGUAUGCAUAAAAUUGUUUGUUUUUUUUCAGUGGAUUGUAUUUGUUUACUUGGCCUUUUAUUGUAUGUUGCAAUAUUUUGAAAUAAGAAGAUUUAGAAUUGAAAAGUUCAA